AUCGCCAUAGCCAUACGAGCAAAGAAGAACUUAGUCUGCAGGAUGGCUGAGUAAACACUUUGCAUCCUCGUAUAUCGUGAAUUUUUCAAUAUCGUGAAUAUUAGUUAGUUUUACCUUUUUAAAAAAUUAGGAUAAUUUGUACCAGUUAAAAUAUAGUAUUUAUUAAGGCUUGCGCAGGGAAGAAAGUUAAAAAAUAUUAAAAUUAUAAAUUUCCCGGGAUUGCGCCGAAAAAAACUGAAGUCCGUUAAGAACGAUUUAAGUGAGCGUUUGUAUGAUUUUAUCGUGUGCAACAUUUUUACAAAAUUAGGAUAAUUUGUUUUACGUAUUAAAAAAAUAGUGUUUAUUAUAUUAAGACUUUUACGCAAAGAAAAAACCAUGUUUUUAUAUAUUUGAACAUAAUUAAAAAAAAUUUCCUGGGGCAACAUGAUUAAGGUGGAUGACCUUAGUGCGUCUAAUGUCAAUUAGGAAAUUUUCGUUUUUACAAACGUACGAGUUUUCAACGCUUUAAAAUCUGGACUUAUGAACGUGUGCGCACGUUGGAAAACCAAACUUUUAAAUUUCCCGCGGUUGCGCAUGAAGCGCAGAAAAAUGCAAACUAUAUGUUACAAGCCCAAAGUCUUAAUUAUUAAGUUUUUCUAAUAUUUGUCACCUUAUUUACGACGAUAUUAAACAUGUCGCACCGAGGAAAAAUUGAGGAGGAGGACCUCCCCCCAGCCAUGCCCCCUGUUCAGUUUCCAGUGAUGGAAGACUACGAAUAUGUCAAUGGGGACUAUGACUUUGAUCGCGACGAGUCCUUAUCGGAAGACUCUGAUGAGGACAGUUGGGCUGGCGACGAGGAGGUUUGGACACCCUGGAAGGUCAAAAGAAAGACAGGGGAAUCCCUUAAACAAUUUAGAAAGAGAAAAGCCGCCCUUGAAGAACAUUACAGAUUAAGGUCUCUCUUGUCAAAAGAUGAGGCAAAGAACCUUAAGAGAAGGCCCAUUAAAAUUGGUUACCAUGGUGACAAGAAAAGUGAUGCCAACAGUACUAGCACAUCGAAAAGUCGCCGUUCGGUCGAUGUUGAUCUUGCCGCACAGAAGAAAGGUCAACGCAGCCUGGUGAACAGGCUCGAUAGGAAAAUCAUUGCUGCCACAGAGCAGAAAUUGAAAGACAAGUUAAAAGCGUUUAAAAAACAGGUUGCCAAAGCUAAAAAGGAAGAAAUUACGAUGGACGUUACAAAUGAAGUCGCGGAUGAGAUGGCAUGGGUGGAAUAUUUCUUGUACAAAUUAAACCUCGAGUACCUCCGCGAGAGGAAUAUCUUGUGCGAGGAAGCGCUUGAAAUUGAACUUGGGCCGAAUGUCCCCGUAGGGAAAUCGCCGCUCUUACUGGCCCUUAUAAAAUUGAGAACAUCAUCACGAUUAGGAAACAAUGCAUCUACACCGGAUCCUGCCAUUGAAGAAAUACGCAACCGUUGGAAAAAUGUUAUAAAUCUAGAGGGUUACAGCGAAGCUGAAAUUGCGUUGACCCUUCGCAAUCCCUUGAAACAAAUCAAGGUCGAAGUAGACACCUUUGAAGAUGACGACCAUCUUGAAGACGAAAAUUUGCAUUCCACCAGUGCGUACAUUGACCAGCUACUUAAUAACGGUGUACCAUCUCCAAGUAAGGAGAUGGUACUUCCUCUUGACCAAAUUUCUGACCGCAGGUCAUCCGCUUCUACUAGCAGCAGAGACAGCGAACCUGACGAACCAACCCUUCCGAUCUCGUCCGCAACCAAAGUCCAUACUAAAGGGUUAACCCUUCAUGUCGGGUUCCUAUCUGCGCGACAAAAGUGGAUCUGCUCAAAACCCAGCGAGACUGAAAAACGCUUAAAAGUCGAUACCGAACGAGGUUUUUUAACAGAUCGGAUAACCACGGAGAAACGUGCCGCACUUGAUGCCCUUAUCAAAGAACUUAUCCAAAAGCGAGAUUCCUUCUCUAGGGAAUCACAACUGCAUAGAGACAUAAGAAUUGCCGCGUAUUAUAAAUCUGUUACCGUACGACGCGAUAAAGAUGACCAAUCGCAAACCAGUAGUCGGAAAAAAGACGGCCCUCUCUGUGUAAAAGGGUUAACCCCGGAAGAAACGAAAGCCAGAGUGGCAGCCUAUUCAAGAGUACGAAACAAAAUGGAAAGGGCCGAGUACGAAUUAUAUCUUCAGCUUUUAGCCGCUACCGGCUUUCCAUCCAGGUCGACAGGCGAAAAACUAGUGUCUGAAACUUCUGAAAUAAAUCCCGUCGUUUCCGGGCCCAUUUCAAUCUCGCAUUUUGAAACUGUUUUAUGCACCGAGGACAACAUUGCAUGUAUAGAUCACUGGGCGAACGUCAAAAUUCGAAAGGUCACACAAGUUGAAAUUAGCACAUAUAGAAAAAUGUUGGCCGAUUUUGUCGCCACGAGGCGCAACUCGGGAGUAGGAGACUUUGAAGAAGGAGACGAAUUGAAAACUGCACUCGAUAUGAUAAUGCCCUCUGAGACGAUAACCCUUCAGGAUAUUGGUCGGUUUCAGGAUUUUGUGACAAAAAAUGGGACCUUUCUCAUGAGUUAUUUGACACACAAGAAAUUUUACAGUAGAGGGCGCGAUGAUCGAAAGGGAGUUCGGAGGGAGAGCAGAGAAGAGAGGUCGAGGAGAAAGAAGGAACGUCGCAGGGAGAGAAAAAGACAUAAAAAAUUGGACGCAAUCUUUGGUAAAAAUCUUGACGAUAAGGGAAAAGAGUUGAAAAGACGUUCAAGGAGGAAGAACAAGAGCGGACUUGAAGAUGGUCCACCCAAACUUGAUCAAGAAGUCGAUACAAGUAAUGAAGAUGGAGAUGAAAUGCAAUUUGGAAAUGAUGCGUUCAGUGAUUUGGACACUACAACAGAAGCUACUCAAGAUAAAUUACGUCUAGAACAAGAUGAACAAAGUGAUGCUGACCAAGCGACUGAUCCUGAACAUGUUGUUAUGGAUUCUCCAAAAAAGUUGGAAGAUGAUGACCAUGUGAAAAGAAUUUCAUCUCGGCGAUCUUCACAAACGACUUCAGUCCAUUCCCCGAAAGCAUCCCCUUCAAGUAACACCCACGCCAUCAAAGAUGUUCCAAUGCCCACUCUUGACCCGCAAAUACCCCCAGCAGGCAAGCUUCCUAAGGGGAAUAAGAUAACCCUUGACGAAGAUAUGGAGGUUAUCGUUCAGCUUCCUGUCAGCCCCCACAAAAAAAGGUCAUCAGGUCGGCCCCCUGGCCGGCCUCCUGGCGCCAAGAACAAGUCGAAACCCAAAAAACCCCUCCGGUCAAAUUUAGAUACGCCAGAGGAAAUUAAACAAAAGUUUAUAUCUACACAUAAGCAAAUUAAGGAAUCUGCCAAAAAAGCCAAUGCCAAUAAGAAAUUCAGAACUCGUCAAACAAGUCUCAAAGUCACUCCCGCCAAUCUUGCAGAUCUAACUAGAAUUUCCACCAAGAGGAUGAGAUCCGCCAAGACGUUCACGUGCCAAAAUUGUCCCUCACUCUUAUUUCAUAAGCGGAACGACCUGCUCCAACAUCUCUUUGGUGCCCACUUUGACCAAGGCGAACCUUUACAGAUUUCCUGCCCCUUUGGUCAUCCUUUAGCCCCCGAGGUGAGAGGAAGUAGUCGUUUGGGGUGUGUAAGAGGAACCUUUGACUGUGACAACUUUAGAAAACACUUGCAUGAAACUCAUCCAGAAGAGGAUGGGAUAUCGUGGUUCAUGGGGGCUCACACUCGGAAGGAGAUUGAAAACAAGACGACAUUUUACUGUAAUCGUUGUACCGAAGUAUGCUCAACAUUCCCAGAGCUUGAUAAGCAUUUUGUCGAAGUGCAUGACAACCAAAGGUAUUGCUGCCCCCAUUGUGGAAUCUACUUAAAACGAGAAAGUCAUUGGAGAGACCAUAUUGCCUUGAUGCAUCCAGAGAUGGCCACUACCACACCACCCUCUCGAUUAGUACCCACCAGGUUUUUUCAAUGUGAUGAUUGUCACUCUGACUUUUCCACCCAGAUGUGCCUCUCCCUCCACAAGAUGGAAGGGCACACGCUCCUGCAGAGUCGAUCUCCCCGCCAGAAGAGGCAGUCAACCGAACUCUAUCCUUGUCCAACUUGCGACAAAAAGUUCACUUUCAAGGCUAACAUGAUCAACCACACCAGAUCGUGUAAAGACCUCGCCUAUGAAUGCUUCUUUUGUAAGGCACAGUUUGAUACGGAAGAUGCCGUUAUUUCCCAUGUCGAAAAAGUUCACCCUGAUGAAGAACCAGUCUGCGCCGGUAACCAUAAACACCCCUCGUUAUCAAGGGAACCUUACAAGUGUGAACUAUGUCGGCAAUCGUACCCUCAACUGAGCCAGUUACGCAUGCAUUUCCUCGACAGCCACGAGUUGGACAAGUAUUUAAAGUCAAAAGAUUUACUCGAUCCAAUGGGGAAGACUUUUUCAGUGCAAUCUAACUCGUGCACAAUUCCUGACUCAGGAAACUAUGCCGCCAUUACCUCGAUAACUACCGUUGAAGCAAAAUGUGGUCAAUCUGCUACCCUUUAUACUUGUGAACUCUGUCAGAAAAGUUAUCAAACUAAAGACUUUCUUCACACCCACAUUGACACAGAUCAUAAAAAAGAGGAUGUUGUAAAUUAUGGAUUAUGCAAAAUCUGUAACAUAAACUUUGAGUCUGUGGCAUUGUUACGCAGUCAUAACUAUGAAAUGCAUUCCUCUGACCUAGUAAGGUAUGCAUGUCCCCUAUGCGAAAAGUCAAUGCCGAGGAUGGGACUCUUAAGGAGGCAUGUAAAAAAGGCGCACCACGGUUUGAAAAUUGUUGAGAGUGAGGUCAAGACAAUCCCGUCUUCGUCCUCACGAGGCAGAACAAAUAAACCGGUUAGUAAGCACCCGUGUGAAAUAUGUUCUCUAAAAUUCGACACAGACCUCCUCUUAAAGUCGCACGAGGCCAUGAAACACUUUCCCGUACGUGUGAAAUUUUGUGACAUGUGUGGCCUACAGAUUAACCCGAAGAGAGGAUUAAGAGAGCAUGUCGACCAAUUUCAUCCACCCAAAGAAGUUUUAGAAAAUGUACAAGAUGAGGUUCAAGCACCACCAAACCCACUACCUACUCUACUCCCGGAUGAUAUCAAGCGAAAUUCUAGCAAGAUGAGUUUAAUCGAAAUAGUGGCCAUGCUCCAAGCCUCUGGUGGACGAGAUGACCCAAUUGCCAAACACGUGGCUGAUCGACAGAACAAUAACGGAGCGAAGAAGAGGAUAUGGUCGCAUAGAAAUUUGGAUGAAACAUCAGACGAGGACAAAGACGUUGAUACCGACACCGUGACUCAGCAUGAUGAUGUCAAACCAACGCCAGAUAAAGUACCAAAAUUACUCCUCAAGCUAAAAUUGCCAAAUAAAUUACGAAGACAACCCAGAGAAAGGAUUACAAGUCCGACUCGUUUGACGAGAACGAGCUUAAAAGUUAUGGACCAUUCCUCAUACAGUGAGGAGACUAAACUUCUCGUAUCACCAACAAAGUCUGCGUCCUCCCCAUCAAAAUCUAAUCGUCACCGACCCAGACAUCUUUUGUUCGGGAAACGUCGAAAGACUAGAAGUGUAAAGAACAAUUUACCCCGAAGUAAAUCCCCGAUUCCACUCAUGAAACUCCUAACAAUACGUCAGCCCAUCAUAAUUUUGGAGAGAUGUGAUUCUCCAAAUAUUCAGAAACGCCAAGCUCCCCCAGAAACUCCGCCACCAAACGAAGAACAAGUGGCUGAUGAUAUAGAACAAAAUGGACAAGUCCAAGUGGACGCACAAGCACCCACGCCCCGUGCGUCUCCCCAACCUCCAGAAGAGGAUCCCAUCAUUGACGAGGAGGAAGUUUAUAUUCCCGAAGAAGAAUUUUUUAUUGCUGAAGACGAUAAUGUUCCCGAGGACGAUAACGUUAUGGAACAAGGCAAUCCCCUUGAGGAUGAGAACAUCCCUGAUGAUAAUCAAAUCAUUGAAAACGGUCAUCUCCCUGAAAACGAGGAAGAAAUGAUUGACAUGGACAAUCCUGCGCCGAUAUUUAUGGAAGAUGAUGACGACGAUGAAGGCGAAGAGGGGGUUAACGGUCAACAGGAAAUCGUAGUCCCACCAGUUGAGGAAGAAGAAGAGUAUUAUGAGGAUAAUCUUGUAGUCAUAAAUCCGGAGGAUAUUCUGGAUGGUUCAGAAGACGAAUAUUGGUAUUUUGCAGACGUUGCGACGCAAACUGUCGAGGAGGAAUUUGAAUGUUGAGUAGGAAAAUAUUUUUACGGCAUGAUAAGUUUGGUGGAUUUUGAUUGCUUAUUACAGAGAAUGGCACGAUUUACACUUGAAGAGUUUGCGUUUCCUGAAACUCCAAUAUUAGUCCAUCCGUAGAAUGCAUAUACUUUUUGUGAUUUUAAGACUUUGCCCCAUAGUUUAUAAAACUUUUUAACUUAUUUGUUAAAUCAUUUUAAUACUGUAAUAGUCUUGCAUGCGUACAUAUUUAUAGUUCACUAUAUAAGUUAUUCAGCAUGUUUGUGUUAUCAUGAAUUUACACACUUUGCACGAUUAAAUAAGUAAUACAUAGGUUAAGAAUAUUAUGUCCAGAACCAUGAGGAAGCGCACUUGUAAAAUGCAAUAUAACGCAUUUAAUACCUACCAAACGAUAAAUUAAAAUUUUAUAUUAUGAACUCCCUUGAUAAAAUAUCGUUUUUUACCAAAUAUAUAUUUCAUAAGAGUGAUAAUACUGAGAACAAAUUAGUGAACUUUUAGUAAAAUAUGGAAGUGAAAGUAUAGCAUAAGACAUGAUAGUAAUUAAUUUACACCUUAAACCUAUUGUGAUUUCCUGCUUUAACGAACGUCUCAAAAAGUACGAAAAUUGGUAGAAAGUCAUUAGCUGAGGGGCAUCUUUCAAAUUAUCUUUAAAGUGCAUAUCCAAAGUUUAUGCAUGCAAGUAAAUGAACAGAGUCCAGGGGCCAACGAGGGUUGGAGAACCCAGGCACUUGCACGGGCGCCGUAGGAUAAAAUAUUAUUCGGUCCUCAUAAGACCAGCACAAAAUCUGACAAAUGUGCAGUAGAAACCGCUUACCGCCCGUAAGAAAUGCAUUGGAGGCCUGUGGUGCACCACCGCCAACCUCCUCCCAUGUAUUUCUUACGGGCGGUAAGCGGUUUCUACUGCACAUUUGUCUGCUCUCUGUCCUGCUCUUACGUGGUCCGGAUAAUAAUCGUGAAUUGUUCAUGAUCGAUAUAAAUUAAGUAAAUUUAAAUAAAAACGAAAAUAAAGGUGGUUUCUGUAAUGAUCCAUCCAAUGAGACUAGAUAUACCCCUUUCGGCGGAUGAUUUUGCUCAGUUGAACUUGAUAUUGCAAUUCAAUCAUUUAGUCUGCCACCAGGCACCUAUACAUAAUUUUUUUGUGGGCUCGAAAAUUACAAUUUCUCACAAAAUCCUGAAUUUCUUACCGAGAAGAAAUUUAUUCACAAUUCUAGAGUCCUAACUUAACCUGUAAUAAAGUUAGUAUUAAAAAAGUUUUGCACCGAAAAAAAAUUCUAAGUAACAUAAAAACUGCUGCCAGCAUUAAAAAGUUCUAAAAAUUUAUCUAACACCUUUCGCAAGUUAUAGUUUAAUUGCGUACCGUUUUCAAUAAAGGUUUAUAUUUUUGUAUACGAUAAUUAUGAAUCAACAAUAUUAGAUGUCACACCUAUCCUUAUGGAUAUUUUAAUUUUGCCCAUCCUAAAUUGGGCUCUGGUAUCAGAGUUCGGUGACUAAAUUGUUUUCUGCUCCGAGUAGGAUCCAUUGUUGGAGUUGGAUUAGUUAUUAGUUCCUGCGUUAAUCACUUUUUCAGGGAUUAGUUAUUUUUCGAGAACCAUUUGGAUUAAGAAUUAAGAUUAAAUAAUCCGGAUUAAGGAUUAGUUUUAACUUAUUCGACCUUGGAAACGUAAUAUAACAAACAUGGGGAAAACACUUCGUUUUUUGUUUCGGUUAGAACAAAAAUAGAAAAGUUACAGCAGGAGAAAUUGGAAUGCUUAUGAAAAUCGAACGAGAGACGGAGAGCGGGCAAUAUGUAUUUUGUGAAAAAAUAAUAAUUCACAAUCGUGAUUAGUUUUGGAUUACUUUUUUUCGGGAUUAAGAUUAGUUGGACAAGGAUUGAAUUGUGAAUUAGUUAAUUCUAAUCCGGAUUAAUAAUCAUCAAUACCUAAUCUGGAGACACAAUUCGCGAAUAGCCUAGAUAUUAAAGAUAAAAUAUGUAUAAAUAUAAAUACAUUGUAUGUAACAAGGGGCAAACAAAAACAUGAAAAUGGAUGAAAAUCUAGCUUAGAAAUUCAGUCAAAAUCCACCAAACGUACACUUCUAAAAUUUCCGAUAAGCAUAACCGAGAGUUGGUCCAGUCUUAAGUGCUUAGUUGAGGGCCAUACUUUAACCAGACCAAAGGGGGCAAGAUAAGAUAGGUUGGCGUUUGCUUGGUCCAGAGGAAAAAAAAUAUUUCAGAAUAUUUAUUAAGAGAUCGUUACCAGGGUAAAACAUUUAAAUGCAACAUACAACCUAAAUACUCCUACAAAUAUAUUAGAUAUGUCCGAAUUUUAUUUCUUCUUUGUUUGUAUCUAUUUAUUGUCAACUAUUUAUUUACAUAUGUGAGCAAUGUUAUGCAAUACAUUCUUGGUAUUAAUCAAUAACGUGUAUUUAUAUGUAGUAGUUCAGCAUAACCAACCCAUGUUGACCUUAACUAGGCUCGCAACUUCAAUUAGUACUGUAGUAAUGUCAACAAUUAUGUUCCGGUUUACUGGGGAAUAUUAGUUCAUUUUAGUGAAGAAUAAGUGCAAUCUGUUUGUCUUGAUUCAUUCAUAUGUAAAUAUCUACGUUAAAUUACUUAUAAUGUGAAUAAAUGAACGGAUUUGGAAUGGAA